AAGGCAAUGCGGAAGACGCCAGUGAAAUGGCUCCAGUGGAGGCCUCGCCCGAAAGAACCCCAACACCCCACAAAAAGGAAAAACCGCAUUCGUGGGACUUCUACGGAACGUUGAGUCGAUUGCUCAUGGGACCCAAUCUGAAGGCUCAGGGCCCGAAGGUCGGCCUGAAACGGAGCACCUCGAAGGUGACCAGCGGAAGCCGUGAUUCCAGUGACUACGGGUUCUUGGAAGACUAUUGGCAGAACACGCCGCGCGGCUCGUCCAGCGGUUCCUCGUCGGGGGGUGGGGGAUCCUCGAGGAAGAGAUUCAGCGUCGCGGAGCCGUGCUCCUGGAGGAAGGAGGCGUUUCCGCCGUCCCUGGUCGCCCCCAAGUCCCUGCCGUAUCUGCCCGCCUCCGAACUGGGAGGUCUAGGGCUGCCCGGCUCCAGGCGGCCGAUCGUGUGUCCGGUGGAGACGUCCGAGCAGUCCGCGGGGACCGCGGGCACGGUCGCGCCGCUCCCGCCGACGGCCGAGCCGAACGCGAACCGGGUGCGACCUCGUCGCUGGCGGAGCGUGGCGUCGCUGCUGCGACCCCCGCAGUUGAGCUCGGGGCGUCCCACGUCCUUCGCAGCCGGGAACAACGCCAGGGUCCCCGGACCCUCCGAGACCUUCUACCUCCUGGACGACUACCUCUGCCCGCACAACGAGAAGGGCAGGGACACGAAGACCCGGAGCCAGUUCGAUCUGAGUGCGUGUCAGUUCGACACGAACCGAUGGAAGCGAAGCGUGAUCCAGAACGGCCGGAGUGUGUUGAAGAACGGUCGCCACCAGACGAGCCCGUCGCUUCCCCCGCGGGCCCCCACUCCCGAACCGCCGGAGCCGCCGCUGGGUUUCAAGGGCGUCGCAGAGAGAGAGAACUUCCUCUUCCCUCGACUAAUUCUCUCUCGCUCCCACGGAGAGAGGAGCACGGCAGACCGCCGUGAGGGGCACAGCAGACCGUCG